GCGCCAUGGGUGUCUGCUACAGCAGUGCCGCCGCCCGCUUCAGGAAAUGCAACGGCGGCACCGUGGGCAAGGUCGGGCAGGAAGCCUCCCAGGAAGCCUCCGGCGUAGAAUAUGGAUUGUCCAGCGCUCAACGGCAUGGGAUGCAUCAUGGGGGAUGCAUCAUGGAGGAUUGCAUUGCGGCGGAGUACUGCCAUCAGGGGUCGGUAUCAAGCAAGGGUGGGUCCAGGACGCGUCGUGCCGGGCCAAGCAACGGCGACAGGGCGUGUACACGAUGGAACAGGGCGAUUGUUUACACCGUAUGUAGCACGGAUCCUGCAGCAAAUGGCAACGCCGCCAGGCACAUGUCCGACGUCAAUGAAGGCUGCGCGGUCCCCAGACAGCGGGCGCAGGCUGGGGCGCGGCGUCGUGAAACUGGUGGAGCAGCCCAAUUUAGCGGCUAUAAAUAGGGCGAAACGGCGCUGCAGACCCUGGCGCCUGGAUUAUUGCGUGCGGAAUCUGGGGCGGGUUGCGCUUGGACUCUCCUCGAACGAGCCUCGUCUUCCACCGCGAAACCCUCCACGCCCGGCUCCAGCUUCCGCGCCUCUCUCCACCUGGCUCAAAAGCCGCCCGCUGCCUCCAAUCGCUGCCACUGCAACUCCUGAGAGCUUCGUGCGUCUGUAUCAUCUCUCUUUCCCUCCCUCGCAGCACCCCUUCCACACAGCCGUCCGGCCCAGCAACCUCGACCGCAAUCAACAUGCCAGGAGUCCGUAAGUGGCCGCUGCCUCCCCUCCAGCCUCAUGCUGCAGCUUCCCGCACUCUCUGUUUAUCGCAUCGAGCUUCAAAUCCCUCAU